AUGGUGAUUGCUGGUGACUCGUGGCCAUUGCCAAAGCCCGCUGCCGCUGCGUCAGCGGCGAGCGGAAGGUCCCCGCCUGCGUCUGCAUUGGGGAGUGUUGCAAUGAAGCCGCCAGUCCCUCCUGCCCCGAAGCCGGCGCACUCCAUUGCUGGUGUCUCUGCGCUUCUGGAUCCAUGCCACGUGGCGGCUGACGCUCCGGCGUCUCUCCUGCCUGUCCCAUCUGCUCCUGCUGCCGCUCCGGAUCCUCCUGCACCCUCUGCACCCUUUGCUCCUGAUGUUGCGCCGCCUGCCCCUGUAAACCCUGCGGUGCCAACUGCUGCCGCUGAUCCUGCUGUUGCGCCACCAGUUGCCCGCGUCCAUGCCGCUCCGCUGGUCGCCGCUGCCCCUGUUGCUUUUGGCGGCGACUUGGCGCUUGCGGCGGUGUCCGCCACCAUUGGCGGCCCGGCCCCUGCGGUGUUGCCUGCCGAGGCUGUUCAUUCGGCGCCUGCAGCUCCUCGGGGCAGCCGUGUCGUCCGCAGUCUCCCGAUCGCCGCCCACCAUGACCCCAUUCGCCCUUCUCGCAAGAUGAGCGGGAAUCCUCCUGGCGUCGGCAGGAGUCUCCUCAGCGCCGUUCACCGGGCAGGAACUGGCACACGCGACGGGGUGGGCGAGGGGGCUGGAGGGGAGGUCACGGACGUGGACGUGGUGGGGCGUUUGAUGGGCCGCCGCUGGUGCUGCGCCGCCGUUCCUGCCGUUCGUGGGUCCCCCCCGUGUGGCAGAGGUUCCGGAGGCGACCCUUGGGCAGCUGUGGCGCCUCUCUGA